CUUAGACCUCUCUGGUUUUACUGAAGGAGCGAAGGAGGUGCUAUGGGAUGGCGCAUGCAGUGAAGUUCUUCUGGUCAUCACCGCGAGACAACGCGCAAUUCCUUUUGUCUUUUCUUCUGAAACUCUUUCAUCUGAAGAACGCUUUGUUCAGGUACCUGUGCUGCAGCUACAAGGGCGGAAGGCUGUUCAAGUUGGCGUUUGCUGCUCCACUCUCGACGCCGCAGCAGCCCCCGUUGCUCUUUAUGAUGGCACUCUCUACAGCGUCUCUGCAUGCGGCAAUCUUACCUCUUCCUCUCUGGCUUAUUUCUCUCCCCCUCAUGCCAAUUUACAGAAUUACCUGGCCAGCAGCACUUCUGCUGAACCCAACAGCCUCACAAUCCGCUGCUGCCUUCAACUCAUCGCCUUGGGUCGAGUAGAGGAGGCGCUACGCUUUCUAGAAAAGUUGUAUGGAACAGAAGAAGGCGACAGCGCUCCAGGAGUUGCAACAGAUUGUUUUGAAGCUGUAGGCUGGAGUGCGCUAGAGCGUCUUGACUUACCUACUGCAUGCAGCGCGUUUGCUGCUGCUCAGCGCAGCGAUUUGGUUUUCUCGCUUUGCUCAUUAGAAGACGUGGAGGAGAUCGCGGCUCUAAAAGGGCAUUUAAAAGCACGCAACCACCAAUGGGCAGAAGCAGCGCAGCUGCUGCUGAACAGCGGAGACCCUGAAGCUUCAUUAGAGAUGGCUUGUGAGGCAGGAGAGUGGCAAUUAGCUGUUGAACUCGCAGAGGGAGUGUGUGCUGAUUUUAUCUUCUCUUAUCCAGAGGCUUAA